AUUUUCUUUCAAUCCAAAAUAUUAUUUUUAAUUUACUAUGUUAUAAUUUUAAAAAAUAUGAUAAUAAGUGAGAGUAAUGAAUACAUUAAAAAUUUUAAAUUUACGGCUUAAUACAUUGAUUAGGGGCAUGUCUACGUCAAAAAAUGUAAUAUUAAUAGAAAAAAUGGGUAGUAUAACUACAAUAGGCAUAAACAGACCAGAAAAACGCAAUUGUGUCGAUUCUACAACAGCAAAACUUCUAAAAGAUGCCAUAGAAGAAUUUGAAAAUGAUAAUGAUUCCUUGGUUGCUGUUCUUUAUGGUACAGGUGGAAAUUUUUGUUCAGGUUUUGAUAUGGAAGAAUUAGGUAACUUAGAAAGUAAUUCGAAUGUAUAUAAUGUGUCUGAAACGGGUUUAAUGGGUCUUCCAUGUCAUGUUAAAAAACCCACAGUAGCUGCAAUAAAUGGCUAUGCUGUAGCUGGUGGAUUAGAAUUGGCCUUAAUGUGUGAUCUAAGAGUUAUGGAGGAAACAGCAGUUGUAGGAUUAUAUGCUAGAAGAUUUGGUGUACCUAUAACAGAUGGAGCAACAGUAAGGCUUCAGGCAAUGAUAGGUUUAUCUAGGGCGUUAGAUAUGAUACUUACUGGAAGAUCUCUGAAUGCUGAAGAAGCUUUUCAGUGGGGUAUGGCGAAUAGAAUUGUUGCCUGUGGUACAGCUCUGGGCCAAGCCAUAAACUUGGCAACAUCAUUGGUAAAGUUCCCUCAAGAAUGUUUAAACGUUGAUAGAACCUCAGCAUAUAAUGCAGCCUAUAACAACGUCUACCAACAAUUAUUGCAUGAAGAACGCCAAAAUUCACAGAAAGUUUCAGUAAGAAAUAUAGUGGAAGGUGCCAAAAAGUUUUUAUCAGGACUAGGAAGGCACGGGAAGACCUAUAAUUUAACAGAAAGGACUAUUUGUGAUUGGGAAAAGGAAUUUAGAGUUGAUAAUUCUAGCAAACCAAAGAGUAAAUUAUAAUAUUUGUUAUUUUUAAUAAACGGUAAAGUGUUUUUGUUA